UGCACCAUGGAUCUCUUUUUCUUUGAUUUUUAUUUUUCGUUUUUGUUUCUCUAAGUGGAAUUCUCAUGGUGGAUUUUUCAGGCUUUUGUACAUUAAGUUGUAGAGAGAGCACAGUAGUGAUCUUCGAGGCCCGUCUUCUCCAUUAUUUUUUAGUAUACAAGGGCUCUCUCAAAUUUCGUUUUUGGUCUGAGUUUGAAGAAUUGAAAGAAGGUCUAAAGGAAAUGGCACCAGUGACAUUGCCUCCCGGCUUCCGCUUCCAUCCAACCGAUGAAGAACUUGUGAUCUACUACCUCAAGAGAAAGAUCAACGGCCGAAAGAUUGAGUUGGAGAUCAUCCCCGAAGUCGAUCUCUACAAAUGCGAGCCUUGGGAUUUACCAGAGAAAUCUUUCUUACCAAGCAAAGAUCUUGAGUGGUAUUUCUUCAGCCCUAGAGAUCGAAAAUACCCAAACGGCUCUAGGACUAACCGUGCAACUCGAUCUGGCUACUGGAAGGCAACCGGAAAGGACCGGAAUGUGAGGUCACAGACGCGUGCAGUGGGCAUGAAGAAGACCUUGGUUUACUAUAGAGGAAGGGCCCCUCAUGGGACUCGAACCGACUGGGUCAUGCAUGAGUACCGACUAGACGAAAAUGAAUGUGAAACUAACUCAGGCUUGCAGGAUGCUUAUGCACUAUGUCGUGUGUUUAAGAAGAGCUUGACCGGCCUUAAGAUUUCGAACACGUUCAAUGCUACAUCUGAUCACCCUUCUCAUUGGGUGCCAUAUGACCAUUCAUCCACCGUUGAUCUCUCUUAUGAUGGAAGAGGAGAAGAUAUGGACAGCAGUGGCUAUCCUUUCCAAUUAGAUACGCGCCCAUCAGACAUAUUUCAAGGAGCACCGUUUGAUGUCAAUGCUCAAAGUGAUGGGCAAUGGAUGCAAUUUCUAGCUGAAGAGAUGCAGGGCCCCACAGAAUCACCAUUUCAGGACCAUGGAAGCCAUGGAUUUCUACCAUCUAAGGUGAACGUAGGACUAGAGUGCGCCAGGUUGCAGCAACGACUCUCGCCGGCAUUGGAAUCGAUGGAGGAUUUCUCUCAAUUCAAUAUUGCAGAUUCGAAAUUUCUACAUUCCGGACACACCAACAUGAAUGAAACCGACACUUUAUCGGAAUUUCUAUCGGUUGCUUGUGCCUCUCAAGAGCUUAUGAACCAACCCAAUUAUCAGGACAUGUGGACCGGAAGUUAUCCUUGUUUGGACGAAUUUGCCCCUCUAGGAAUCGGUGGAAGGACUGAAGAAACUCAGCAUUGUCAGAUUGGUGACAUGGGUUCGUCGAGAUUCAUAGAGAAAUUAUGUGGAGUUGAAGAAGAGCAGGGGAGGUUCGUCGAUAUCAGCGAUUUGGAAGAGGAGUUUAAGGAGGAAAAGAUGGUGGAGAACCUGAGAGGGGCAAAAAUGUCAGAUAAAAAUCUGGAGACGACUACAUCUGAAGAACUGAAGACACUGCCUAUUGAAAGCAUCUCAGAUUUUCAAAGAAUAGAGGAAUCAAACACCAUCAAAGGACUCAAAUAUGAUGAUUUCAAGAACUUCAUUGACAUUGAAGACAAACCCAAUUGCUUAAAAUAUGAAUCAGAUGAAUUCCCACUUGAAUUCAUCAAUGAAAACCCAAAUGGUAUCUUCCAGGAACACAGUGACCUGGACAGUUUCGCAGCCAUGUCGGCUUUUGAUACUUACUCGAAUGUUGAAUUCAACCAUGGAUUGUUUGUGUCGAGCCUCAAUGUAGCCGAGACAUUCUUUCAUCCUGUUGAGCCGUCGAAGACAGUUAGGAUCCAUUUGAACCCAUCUGUGACACAUAACAUUGGAGGGUUGCCAAAAUCGGAAGAAGAGAGAAAAGGUCGAGAUGGCAGUUUCUUUUUUAGCAAAUUCAAGGCAUUUUCUAAAAAUAAAUUCAUGGGGAUCAAGAACUCUAUAGGACCAUGGAAGGAAUCAUGUGUGGUGAAUGUGACAUUCCGCACCAUCGUUAGUGUAAUUGUGCUUCUACUCACAUCUUGCAUUUAUCUUGGGGGGAUUUCAGUGCAUGAUUGUUCAAGGGCAGAUCUUUCUUCAAGUGAUGUAAGUGAAGAAUCAAUGGAUGAGAGAAGGGAGGGUAAUUGCCUUGAUGAGGAAAAGAUAGUGAAGAAAUUGGAGAGGACUGAAUGGAGUGAUAAGAAGAGCAGUGCUUGUUUCACCAGGUUUAGUGGGAGAAGCAUUUCUAAUAUACAUUUGAAUAGGAAAUGGCCUUUCUUCACUGUUGUCUUAGCUGUCUAUGCCUUUGGGAUUCACCAUUAUCUAUUGCUCCUUACAUGAUCAAAGAUCAAUUUCAUUAUUAUUAUUAUUAUUAUUUUGUAUUUUUUUUUUUUCAGAUUUAUUCUAUUGUAGUAUAUGGGAAAGAAUUGAUUAAGUUGUAUGUUCUUAAACUUGUAAUAGUUGUAUUGAUUAAACAAGGAUUUGGCCUACCUUUGGGU